GCCCGCUUUUCUCCCUAGAAAUAUCCAUAAUCCAGUGAGGGGAUAAACUGUCGCCAACUGAAAGUAGACCCUCGUUCUUCUUACUAAUCUCUGCAAAUCUCAGCUUGAUAACCGAUGGCUCUAACCAUAUCCUCCACCGCACUGUCAACUUUUCCCAACAGAUACAGAGAAAUACACCCGAAGGUUUUCCUCCAAAGAACAGAAACAAGCUUUCCCAGAAAAACUCUCACUAAUGCCACCAAAGGAGUAUCAAGCGUUUGCGAGCCACUCCCUCCGGAUAGGCCAUUGUGGUUCCCUGGUAGUUCGCCUCCCGAGUGGCUAGACGGCAGUCUUCCCGGGGAUUUUGGCUUCGACCCUCUUGGAUUAGGGUCGGAUCCGGAGUUUCUAAAAUGGUUCGCUCAAGCGGAGCUCAUGCACGCCAGAUGGGCAAUGCUGGCGGUAUCGGGAAUUCUGAUCCCGGAACUACUGGAGAAGAUGGGAUACAUAGAGAACUUCUCCUGGUACGAUGCUGGUGCCCGAGAAUACUUCACUGAUCCAAUAACGUUGCUCGUCGUGCAAUUGGGCUUGAUGGGCUGGGUGGAGUGUCGAAGAUGGGCCGACAUGAUUAACCCGGGGAGUGUCGACAUUGAGCCCAAGGUACCGCACAAGACGAACCCGAAACCGGACGUGGGUUACCCGGGUGGGUUAUGGUUCGAUCCUAUGAUGUGGGGGCGGGGAUCACCGGAGCCAGUGAUGGUGCUAAGGACCAAGGAGAUCAAGAACGGUCGACUGGCGAUGCUGGCUUUUGUUGGUUUCUUGUUCCAAGCUAUUUAUACAGGGGAAGGCCCCAUCGAAAACUUGUUGGCACAUGUUGCCGACCCUGGCCACGCCAAUAUUUUCUCGGCCUUCACGUCAAAUUAGUGUGAUGGACUGAAGAGGCGUUCGGUUUCCUUGGCGAUCGUGCUUAAUGCUAGUCCGCGAAGACUCGUCAUUUGCUACAAAACUGUACUCUGUUUUAUAGUCCGAGCUUUGUAUUUGCACCCGAGGUUUUUAACAUAAGAAAGGUCAAAUUGUUAUUUAUUCAUUUUCUUUACAUUGUAAUCAACAGACCAGUGUCAUGUAUGUGUGGUUCAUAAUUAUUUGGGGAAUAAAAUUAAAUGGAUAAUAAA